CGGGAGAACGGGAAGCGUCAGCCAAUAGGAGAGCACGGAGGCCUGAGUGGGCCAAAGUAGCGGCGCGGUGGCGGCGAAGGCCUCGCUGAGGUGAAAUUUCUGGAAGCGGAGGCGGCGCUGUUCGUUCCUUCGUCCGUCCGUCCGUCGGUCCAGGCGGGGCGCCUCCGUGUGAGAGCCGGGCAGGGAAGCGAGAGCGAAGGCAGGGCCGGAGCAUGAACCACAAGAGCAAGAAGCGCAUCCGCGAGGCCAAGCGCAGCGCCCGCCCGGAGCUCAAGGACUCGCUCGACUGGACGCGGCACAACUACUGCGAGAGCUUCCCCCUCAGCCCUGGCGCGUGCAAGGACAAUGUGGAAAGAGCAGAUGCACUCCAUUUGUCAUUGGAAGAGUUCAUUGAGCGUUACGAAAAGCCUUACAAGCCGGUUGUCCUGCUAAAUGCACAGGUGGAAUGGCCUGCCCAAGAGAAAUGGACUCUCGAACGCCUGAAGCGCAAGUACCGGAACCAGAAGUUCAAGUGUGGGGAGGACAAUGAUGGUUAUUCUGUUAAAAUGAAGAUGAAAUAUUACAUUGAGUAUAUGGAGACCACACGGGAUGACAGCCCACUUUAUAUAUUUGACAGCAGUUAUGGGGAGCACCCUAAGCGCAGGAAACUUCUUGAGGACUACAGGGUGCCCAAGUUCUUCACGGAUGACCUGUUUAAGUAUGCAGGAGAGAAGAGAAGACCACCUUACAGGUGGUUUGUGAUGGGUCCACCUCGAUCUGGAACAGGCAUUCAUAUUGACCCUCUGGGAACCAGUGCAUGGAAUUCCUUGGUCCAAGGACACAAGCGCUGGUGCCUUUUCCCAACCAGCACUCCCAGAGAAUUGAUUAAAGUGACUCGUGAAGAUGGAGGAAACCAGCAAGAUGAAGCCAUCACUUGGUUCAGAGUAAUAUAUCCCAGAACUCAGCUUCCUACUUGGCCUUCUGAGUUCAAACCUUUGGAAAUUGUGCAAAAACCAGGAGAAACAGUUUUUGUACCAGGUGGCUGGUGGCAUGUUGUUCUUAAUCUUGACACAACUAUUGCAAUUACUCAGAACUUUGCAAGUUGUACAAACUUCCCUGUGGUGUGGCACAAAACCGUAAGGGGAAGACCAAAAUUAUCUAGAAAAUGGUACAGAGUCCUAAAGCAAGAACAUCCUGACCUGGCUGCACUGGCAGAUUCUGUUGACUUACAAGAAUCAACAGGCAUUGCUUCUGAUAGUUCCAGUGAUUCAUCUAGUUCUUCCAGCUCCAGUUCUUCAGAUUCAGAUUCAGAGUGUGAUUCUAACUCAGAGAUGGAAGGAAUGAUGCAUCGAAGGAAAAAGCGAAGGACAUGCAGCAUGAUGGGGAAUGGCGAUACAACCUCACACGAUGACUGUGUGAGCAAAGAGCGCAGCUCCUCCAGGAUUAGGGAAUCUUGUGGAAGUCGUGCUCAUCCCUGAAAGAUAACAAGACCCAUCUAAAGGCAGUCGCAGCCAGCCAGUUGUCUUCUAUUCCUCCCAUCAACUGUCUGCUUGGAUCUUUCUCAAGUCUUCACCACUUUUCACUAAUUUGUUUUAAAUCCAGUCUUUGCCUACCACUACCUACUAUCUAAAUCUGACUCCUUCCUAACAAAAGGAGAAAACUAGAAAUUUCUGUGUGUUUAACCUUCUCUUUCUACACUCCAUAAAACAUAUAUGCUAAACAUGAGAAGACAAGGCUGCUGGCUGCAAGGCUGUGCUGUGGCUCAGAACUCUGUGCAGUCAGUACAGGAAGCAGGGACUUUGUAUUAACAAAGCUGUCUUAAAAUUUAAUCAAGUCGAUUUUGAAAGUUUCUAUGCUGCUCCAACAUUGUCAUAUGUUUACAAGUUGCAUUCUCAUGCACUACUACUAUGUGUAAUUGGCCAGCAGAUCCUUUCCUAAAGUGCAAAAGGAACAGUGGAUAUAUUUGCUUAUGGUGAUUCCUCUGCUUCAUAAAUGAUCACCCAUAAGAAGCAUAUUUUUGUAAGUUUUAGAUAUAUAACAUCAAACCAUGGGCUAAUUAGACCUAUAGUAAGUAGUAUGUCUAAAGCAGCAACUCAUUACAAUUACAUGUACAUUUUUGUUUUAAUAAAAGCAUCAAAAUUGCUGGUAUUUUGCAGUUGGUUUGGAGCUUGAUCCAGAAAAUAGUGGGUAGGAAGAAGCUAUAGCUGCUUAAUUUAUCUCCCUGUGGGAGUUUCAGGAAAUAUAAAAAUAGAAGGAUUUUUAAAAUAAGAAGUGGGUGAAGUCUGAAUAAACACAUUUUGUUUUAUGAAGAACUACUUUAGAGCCUAGAACCCUAUUACUCAAUCUGCUGUUGUAGUUUGACAGGUAAUUUAGGUGUGUGGUAUUUUGUCUUGAAAUAAGAUGUGACUGUGUAUCCCAAGCAGCCGUUUUUAAAAAAAGAAUAUGCUGUUUCAAGAGUGAUUUUGUUGUUGUUAACGUAGAAAUGAGUUACAUUCUAUGAUGGGGCUUGUACCUUCAUCCACUGUUGUAACUGUGUCCCAACCUUGAAAAUCUGCAAAGUAGGAUAAGGUCCAACACCCCAAUACUUGCAUUUUGAGACAUGACACUGAAAAAUAUUCCUUUGUGGAGGAUAGCUGUAGGUUUUCCCCGCAUCCCAUUGUUCAGGUAAUGUGAAAUCCACCCAUUUGUAUCCAAUUGUCCGUAAGAUCUCUGGUCCCGUAAGAAGUGUAUUUUCUUCCAUUAUUUUCAGUGUUUCAGAAAAAAAUCCACCCUACAUAUUGGUAGAGUGAGGAUCAGUAUAUCACUUGGUAGCUUUAUCUCAGUGCAUUUAUGAAAUACAUUUUUGGUGAAGAGUUAUUUCAUGUUAUUCAUAACCAGUUUUCUGACUACAGAUUAAUCUUAGCAGUCCAAGUAAUUUUUGCAUAAUUUUUCUUUAGAGACUAUCUACACUGUAGAAUUAAUGCAGUUUUACAAGGCUUUUAGCUUUCUCUAACAAAUAGUGCUAGUGCAGUGGUUCUCAACCUGUGGGUCCCCAAGUGUUUUGGCCUACAGCUCCCAGAAAUCCCAGCCAGUUUACCAGCUGUUAGGAUUUCUGAGAGUUGAAGGGCAAAGCAUCUGGAGACCCACAGGUUGAGAACCACUGUUCUAAUGUCUUCACCAAACUACUAGGAUUCCAUAGCAUAUUUGGCAGAGAAUGCUAAAAAUAAUGUAAAACCACAAUCUCAUAAUUCCAUAGCAUUGAGCCUUGGCAGUCAAGACAACAUCAAAGUGCAUUAAUACUAAAGUGUAGAUGCACUCUUAAAAUAUCCUUGGGAUAUCACUUUUGGUGAUGAGGGGAAUGAUUCUGUAGAAUUUGAUAUCUGUUGGUUUUGUACUAAGAAUUUACAAUUAUCGAGGCAGAUAUUGGGGUAGAAAAGAAGCAAAGAAAGAUGCAAGUAUCAUUGUUCCUUGAUUUAAAAUUUACGAAGCUGUUGUGAGCUCAGUAGUCCAAGCCACUAGCUACCUUUCAAUGGCACUAAAAGGUCUUUCCUAGUCCUGACUUGAUUCCAGAAUCCCUGUGAAUUGAGUCCUUUGGGAUGUUCCCAAUAAAAGACAUUAAGAGAUUAUUUUAAUCAGCUUCUUUACCCUGAAAAACUUAGUCCUCAGCCUUGGGCAUCCCACUGGAACAAGCAUGAAAGGAAGGAAAUUUGUUUAAAAUUACCUUACCCACUUAACAACUUCCUGUAAUAAUAAUAAAUAAUAAAAAAUGUAUUUAUAUUCCACCCUUUCUCCCCAAGGGGGAUUCAGGGCGGAUUCCAACAUACAACGGCAAACAUUCAAUGUCUCCAUAAACAGACAAAUAUCAACAUAAUAAUCCCAGAGGAACCCCACAUAUCAAAACAACAUAAGAGCCUAAUAUCAAUAAAUAAAACCCAACGUAAUCAAACAAAAAUUGUAUAAUAGCAUAAAAUCUGAACAUAAAAACAUUCACUUUGAUUUAUAGAAGCCUGUAAGGGCUUUGGCUGGAUUCUUACCUUUUUUGCUUGCAUUAGAGUUCCAGCCCCUGAUGAUGACUGGUAAUUAAAACAGUUCAGUUCCAUGCAGUUAUUUAAAUUAGGAUUUCACGUUUAUAUUGGUUUAAUAAAUUAAUCUGGUAGUAUUUGCCAAAUUUCUUUGGUUAGACCGAGGUUGGAAGACCUACCUUUAAGUAAAAAAAACAACAACUCCUAUUUCUUGAAUCAGAAUCGACUUUUUAAAAGCCUUUUCCCAUUUUUCUGUUUGUAUCAAAAACAAUCAGAAUUGUGACAUUUCAGGGCCAAACUAGUAAUGGUUUUCCUUUUUAUCGGUAGUUACCACAGGCAACUGAAGUCCAACACUGUUGCAGUCAGUGUUGUUACGCCUUUAAAUAUUUUAUCUUUCAUAUAUAUUUGUUCAUUUAUAUAAGCGAUUUGCCUCUGAUGUACUAUGGUAAGAAAUAACUUGCAUUAGAAAAUACAAAACUUCUGAGAAAAACAACACAUAUUAAACCUGGGGCUUUCUUUUAAACUGUAAAUUUUGUAAACAAAAUUAAAGAGAAGCUGUGUCUAACUUCACUGGUCUGGAGUUGGGCAUUCUCCUGUAAUUUCCUGACUAGAUGCCAAGUAUAUUCCCAUCCUGUUGAGCUGUAGUCAAGCAACUGUCUUGAAAGGGCAUUGUUUCUUAUUAGUUCAAAACAUUAUCUGGUUACAGCUGCUUGAAAAGAAAUGCUGUCAUAUAGGUGAUUGCUUGUACUAAACAGCUUUGAGUAGUUUCUGGAUAUAGCAUUAGGAAGCUGCAGGCUUAGAUUCAAGAUCCUAAGUUCUCUAUUUGCUCAGAAUCACAAUGUCGUUAACUUGAUGCCAUAGUUAGAAGCCAAUCACGUACUUUUCACUGAGUUAUGAACAAAUUUCAGAUCACCCUAAGAACCUGCUCAAUAGGACAGAGAAGUCUCGCUUAACAGGUUUUCUGCACCAAGGAGAGUUCAGGGAAGUAAGUGCACAUUUUGCUGUGGAAGAGGCAGGAGAACAUUAUUAGAUCUUCACAUGUGAGCUUGGCACUUCCUUUGUGGGGGAGAUAAAAGCAUUAGUCAGGCUUUCAAAAUAGGGUUAAACUGAGCACACAAGGGAGGUGCAUGAGAUCUGCCUGCCUUCUUUGCUUAUCUCAUGUAGGGAAUGACAGCCAGAGGGAGAGCCUUUGCUAUACAAGAAGGUUCUCCAUAUGAUGUGGAGCCCUCAAAAAACCAAAAACAAAAACCAGUGGAGGCUCUUCCCAGAUUCUUACUUUGGAUAUGAGAGUAAUGGAAGAUGAUGAUGGAGAGGACUAGAAUUCAACUCACACCUGAUCAUUAUUGAAUGGAACUUUAUAUUCUAGGCCAUGUUUAGGAUGCUGUGUCCCACAAUGCUGAUCUUGCGCUCAAUGUGCCUCUUUAAAAAAUGUUAUUUGCGUGUGUACACACUGUGCCAGCUGUUGAUAUAGAGCUCAGCUCUUGUCCGCUGCUCCUUAAAAUCAGGGCAACUGCUUGUUGGCUUUUAUUUAACUAUGAGAACUUUAAAAAAAUACAUUUUGAUAUAAACACUUGGUCAAGACUCACCAUAAUUCUCCAUUUCUAAAAUAAGUGGUACAAGAUGAGCUGCCCUGUCUAAACUAGGUAUGUUUAGGAUAAAGACUAAGAAACUGACUUCUGUCGUUUUUCUGAACAUUUGUUUUUGUGAAUGGUUCCACUUCCUUUAUGGAUUUUAAGAACAUGUAUGUUUUGCAGGUACCCUCAUGAACAAUCUCACUGAGAGUUUGAGAUAACAUCAGAGAAAAUACUGGUUUUCUUAAUUCUCCUGGUUGACUUCAGCCAAACUUGAUCCAUCUUGUUUUCUGAUCAUCUUUACCAACGGCCACUAUUAAAUUGGAGAACUAUUCUAACAACCUUUCUUUCUUGAACUCCCAAUUUCUAUGCUAUGAUGUUGAGACCUUUUGCCUGCCAGAGGUCCCUCUGAGGUCCCUUUCCUUUUCUGAGUAAGAUCUCUUUGGACUCCUACAGCCAUGUUUAAAGUGCCAGCUCCACUAACUAUACUCAUUAAGUCAAAUCCGUCCAUAGAGUGGAGCCAGGAUUGUCUGAAUCUUCUUUUUGGAUGACAAUGAUUAUUAUAUACUUUUUUAAUUUAAAAUAAAAUCUUAUUUUCCAUUA